GUGGCGGUAGAUAGUUUCCCAUCAUGAAACCCCACCGCACACGCGCAGUAGAAGAAGUGUGCUGCUCCCGUUCCUCGCGCACAUUGACAGAAUCUUACAGAGGAACACCUGGACACCCCCUCUCCCCUUCCCACUAUGGCUGACUCCAUGGAUAUAGAUGACUCUCUGUACAGUCGGCAGCGGUAUGUGCUGGGGGACAGUGCUAUGCAGCAGAUGGCUCAGUCCACUGUGCUUGUCAGUGGAAUGGGAGCUCUUGGAGUGGAAAUAGCAAAAAACAUUGUUCUGGCAGGAGUGAAGGCAGUAACCCUUCAUGACUGUAAGCGAUGUGAAGUUUGGGAUCUGGGCACCAACUUCUUCAUCAGAGAAGAGGAUGUGCAUAGCCAGAAGAAAAGGGUGGAGGCUGUCCAUUCGCGAGUGGCUGAGUUAAACCCAUAUGUUCAGGUCAGUGUGUCCACUGAUGUCCUGGAUGAAAGCACUGACCUCAGCUUCUUGAAGAGAUACCAGUGUGUAGUACUAACGGAAACAAGACUGAGCUUACAGAAACGAAUCAACCAUUUCUGCCACUCUCAGCAGCCUCCUAUUAAGUUCAUUGGCUGUGAUAUAUUUGGGAUCUGCUCGCGAGUGUUCUGUGAUUUUGGGGAGACAUUUGAGGUGUCUGACCCUACUGGAGAAGAACCAAAAGAAGUCUUCAUCCAAAACAUCAGCCAGGGGAGCCCUGGUGUUGUGACAUGUAUGGACAGCCGAACACAUGGCCUCCAGACAGGGCAGAGUGUGUGCUUUAAAGAGAUCAAUGGCAUGAGUGAACUCAAUGGUUCCACACACCAAGUUACAGUUCUGUCUCCCUACAGUUUUGCAAUUGGAGAUACCUCAUCAUUCCAGCCAUAUGCUCAUGGAGGAAUCUUCCGCCUGGUCAAGAUCCCCAAAACCUUCAGCUUUGAGACGAUGGAGCAGCAGUUAUCUGAUCCUCGGCUCCUUACUCCAGACUUCAGUAAACCCGAGGUCCCUCUGCAGCUCCAUACUAUCAUGUUGUCUUUGGAUGCUUUCCUGGAACAGCAUGCUAGACUCCCCAACAUCGGUUGUUUGCAGGAUGCUGAGUUGCUCCUGAAGUUCACAGAGGAGAUCAGCAAAACACUUAAAAACAAAGUAUGCAUAAACCAGGAGCUGGUGAGGUGCGUGUCGCGCUGUGCGAGGGGAUGUCUCUCUCCUCUAGCGGCAGCGGUGGGUGGAAUCGCUAGUCAGGAGGUUUUAAAAGCUCUCACUGGAAAGUUUUCUCCGCUCCAGCAAUGGUUUUAUCUUGAUGCAGUUGAGGUGGUUCAGCCCCUCCAAUCUCUUUCUGCCGAGGAAUUUGCCCCAAGGGGUGAUCGGUACGAUGCAUUGAGGGCGUGUAUCGGCGAGUCACUGUGUUCGACACUGCACAAGUGUCGGGUCUUUAUGGUGGGCUGUGGUGCUAUUGGCUGUGAGAUGCUGAAGAAUUUGGCACUUUUGGGUGUGGGAUUGAACAGAUGCUCAGGAGAGAUUUGCAUUACUGAUCCAGAUUUGAUUGAGAAAUCCAACCUCAACCGGCAGUUUCUCUUCAGACCACAGCAUAUACAGAAGCCAAAGAGCACUACAGCAGCAGCAGCUACAUUAGACAUAAACCCAGAGCUGCAAAUAGAUGCUCAUUUAAAUAAAGUGUAUCCUGCUACAGAGGACAUUUAUAGUGAUGCUUUCUUCUCCCGCCUCAACCUGGUGGUCACCGCACUGGACAACGUGGAGGCUCGGAGAUAUGUGGAUAGUCGGAGCGUAUCCAAUCAGAAAGCUCUGUUAGACUCGGGUACCAUGGGUACGAAAGGGCACACCGAGAUCAUCAUCCCAAACCUCACUGAGUCGUACAACAGCCAUAGAGACCCACCGGAGGAGGAGAUUCCGUUUUGCACUCUAAAGUCUUUUCCUGCUGUCAUUGAACACACCAUACAGUGGGCCAGAGACAAGUUUGAGAGUUCUUUCUCCCACAAACCCUCCAUUUACAACAUGUUCUGGCAGAGUCAUCCAUCACCUCAGGAUGUGUUACAGAGGAUGAUGGCUGGGGAGAGUAUGGAAGGAUCAUUUCAGGUCAUCAAGUUGUUGAGUCGGAGACCCACUCAAUGGGAUCACUGUCUAUCUCUCGCUCGGCUCAAAUUUGAUAAGUAUUUCAAAAGAAAGGCAUUACAACUACUGCACUCAUUUCCACUGGACACACGGCUAAAAGACGGCAGUCUAUUCUGGCAGUCUCCCAAACGACCGCCUUCUCCUAUAGAGUUUGAUCUCAGUGACCCUCUGCAUUUUGGUUUUGUUGUCAGCGCAGCUCGCCUUUUUGCUGGAAUUUAUAAGAUUCCAUAUUCAGAAGAGAAACUUUCCUAUGAGGCUGUUCAAAGUGUUUUAGCUGAAGUGGAGGUUCCCGAAUACAAACCAGCUGAAAAGCAUAUAGAGACAGAUGAGACCGUUAAGAAGCCUGAUCAUUUGAAAAUGACAGUGAGCAGUGAAGAGGAGAGAGAAGCGAUCUCACAGCUACAGGAUGCCAUCAACUCCAGCUUUAUAACACCUGAGAGGCUACAUAUGACUCCACAGUUCUUUGAAAAGGAUGAUGACUCAAACGGACACAUGGAUUUUGUAGCGUCAGCGUCGGCUCUGCGAGCUCAAAUGUACGCCAUUGAGGCUGCUGACAGACUACAAACCAAACGAAUUGCUGGUAAAAUCAUCCCUGCUAUCGCCACAUCUACAGCUGCCGUCGCAGGACUGGUGUCAAUGGAGAUGAUAAAAGUUGUUGGUGGUUAUGGAUUUGAGUUGUUUAAAAACUGUUUCUUCAACCUGGCAAUUCCAGUCAUGGUGCUUACAGAAACCGCUCCAGUCAAGAGAACCCAGAUCAGAGAUGAUAUCUCCUUUUCUAUCUGGGACCGUUGGACUAUCUUUGGUCACGAGGACUUUACCUUGUCUGAUUUCAUCAGUGCAGUAAGGGAGAAGUACGGAAUUGAGCCCACUAUGGUUGUUCACGGAGUGAAGAUGCUGUAUGUGCCGGUUAUGCCGGGCCAUAACAAAAGACUCAAACUGACAAUGCAUAAACUGAUCAAACCUUCAUCAGGCAGGAAGUAUGUUGACCUUACCGUGUCAUUUGCCCCUGAUGUGGAUGGUGACGAAGAUCUGCCCGGUCCCCCAGUGCGCUAUUACUUCAGUCGAGAUAGCGAGAGUGGCGAGACUGCCUAACACGUGCACGCACACGCACACACACACGUACACGUACCCACACAAACUCUCCUCCCUCUUGCUCUGUGGACCACAAGUGGAGUAGCACUUGAUCAGACUCAAUGUACAUAGUGAAUUUUUUGUUUUCUACUGGUUUAUUAUUUUAUUGCACAGUGCUGUGCAGAUGCCUUAAAAUAAUUAUAUUGUGCUUCAAUGUGACAAUAAUAAUGGUUAUAAUAUUAAUGCUCUGAAGAGUAAAACAAAAAGAAAGUGUUUACACAACUUCCCCAGGGCUUAUUAUUGUACGUUAGUCUCUUAGACUGGGAGAGGACUCAAAAAUCAAUAGAGGGCUCAUAAGAGAUGAAUCAUCAUGAAUCAGCGGUAAUUUAUUUGCACAUGUUUUGGGAGGAUAUUGGAGUUUAAGAAGUUGUCAGUCACUGUAAGCAACAUAAACACCAAAGAUUUCACCCCCGGUUUAAAAUGUUUAUCAUCGGCAUUCAGCAAAGUUUCACAGCUAGUUACCACUGAAUGUGGCUAUCAGGUUCUUUCUGCGAAGACAGUUGAGGUAAAGAAAAUUCCCUCUGAUGUUACACCUACAAUGGCAGUUCAAAAUGCAUUCUCUGUAGUGCCACUAGGGGGCGCUAUAUUCUUUACCAAAAGUAAAGAAUAGUAUCCUUGCACCCAUCUGCUACCAUCAACAGCUUGAUGGGCCGAGAUACAUGAGCGACAAGGCUUAAAGUAUGAGACUCUACAUAAUCGACAAUGAUAUAGACAUCAUCCUGUAUGUGAAGGUAUAUUCAUAUCACUAAGUCCAACCUGCAUGUUGACAUCUAAAACAGGCUUUUCACAAGUUCUUUGCUGCAUUUACAGUCUUGUUGAUGUCAUUGACUCUUAAAGUGAAUACUAAAGUGUCCUUUAAGCAGUUGGCUGUUGCUAAGUACACACGUGAUUGGCAGUAAUGAUCAGAAAUCAUGCACUCACAUAGACACACGACACAACGUUCCACUUUGAGCUUACAGCGGAUAUGUUAGAAUGCACAAAGAAGAGGAAAAACACGGACAAUGUUUCUAGUUUGAUCCCUUUAAAAUAAACCUUCAGUUGCACAGAAUUCCCUGUCAUGAUGUCCAGCAUUUACAGAAAAUGAUAUCUGAUGAUAUCUAAAGGAGCUAAACCAGUUGUUGGAAAAUGUGAUGUCAUUGUGACUACAGUAUUCAACAGAAAGUUCAAUAAAUCAAAAAUUAAAUUCAA